AUGAGAAACUGCUGCAAGAAAUGCAUAUCCUGUCCGAAGGAUUCGUGGUUCCAUAAAAAAUCGGUGCUGUUAAGAGCCGAAGGAUCCUUCGAAAAUUUCGUGGUUAAAAGCGUCUUCGGUUUCCUCGGUGGCAUGUUUCUGACAUGCGUCGUUUUCUUGCUGUUGCCACAAAUUUUUUCUAAGCGCGGACGUCAAGCUCUCAUGGCUUAUGCUUUCGUAUUGACGCUUACGGGACCUGCGAAAAAUACUCUCCACAAUACGGGCGUGCUCUCCGAAUCCCUGGCGUGUGGACAGGAACAACUGAAGGAAGCUGUGCAAGCGAUAAUUGAUCUUGUAAAACGUCCGUUCCAUGCGCUGCGCGAUGCAUUAGCGAAGGUAAUUAAAUCGGUGAAGGUCGUCGUUGAGAAAAUCAAGAAAGCAAUACUCGCGAUAAAGAGACUGAUUCUCAGUAUUCCUGUUUUCGAGUGGCUCGGAAGCGUCAUUAACAUGUGCAAUAAGAAACUGGGAACUCCCUUCGAGAGAUGUGAGCGCGCGUUCGACGGAGCCGUUACCGAUUGUCACGCGAAGCUUGGACCGAUUUUCGGCGCUGUUUGCAGCCUGGCUUACAUCGCCGGGGCGGUUUGUUACGUUGUUAAACCUUUGGACUUCAUCUGCAUGCUCGUGUCGUUCGUCGCCGACGGUGUCGCCAACGCGGUUGGGAAAAGAAUAAAAAGAUUCACGAAGCACAUGAACGCCAUGUUUUACGUCAAACUCAAAUUCUCACAUUCGUUCAAAUUCGAGACCAACAAGAGUCAAACACUCUCGGACGUAUCGACGGGAAUAGUUACGGAAAUAAGAUCGAGAACCGACCGAUUCUUGACGGUUUUCGAUUGGAUGAGCAUCGUCACUAGUUUCUUCAUUUUUAUUACUUUGCUCAGGGUGAUUUAUUACCGACAAAAGUGGCUGACGAACGAGCGUUUCGACAAUCGAUACCUGACGAAGGACCUGCGCCAAAUAGAUUUGAUUAGAGCGAAGAACGACAAGGAAACGGUGCUUCCGUUGAACCCACGAGAGAGAAACAAAUACAUACCGUUGACGUCGAUAGCACUAAUCAAAGUUGAGAAAGUCCAGUUGGCCAAAUCUGCUGUAUUUUUGGGGCUGACGACCUUCAAGCUUUGCAUCCACAUGAUGGCCGACUACAGCCUUUAUUGGGUCUUGAGUACCAUUCGAUAUCACGGUCGGUUCGAGACCAAAGUACAACGCCACGAUUCCGUCAGUGUUUAUGUCUCCGGUGACGGUUAUCUUGCCGAACUUUAUCGCAGUAUCGUACGUGCUUUUACUCCGUAUGGACCGGAAGUGGAAAUGGACACUGUUCCAUGCCUCCCGGAUCCGAUGCCGCCAGAUCUUGACAGAUACACUCAGAUAGUUUCCUUAAUUAUUUUCUGCUGGAUCAUGGCCAUCUUCGAGCCUUAUGGCCUCAGACUCAGACAAGUCGUUAUGACGUAUUACCAUCCCCAGAGAGCUCAGCAGCGAGCUGUUUGGUUGUACAAUUACAUCAUCAGAGAUUCUUCGGACGAUCAGCAAGCCACCGCUCGAAGAAAAGCUCCAACGACGAUUGAAAUUAUCGAGGAAAUUGAAGUGACUGAUGAAUCCGAGCCGGAAGUUAACGAAACGGAUAAAUUUCUACCGAAAAGUAAAAAAAUCGGAAAAGAAUUUGUACCGGAAGUUGAAAAGCCGACGAAGCCCAAGUCCCUCCAAAACAACGAAGAGACUGCGGAUUUUUCCUCCUCAACAGAGUACAGUCAAUCUUAUCAGGACGAAGAGCCCGGAGAAAUUGAUUCGAGGGAAGGAAAACGAGUUCGUUACAGAGACGUCGAAGCUCAGAAGUUGCGGGACGACGUGACGAUCCAAAUCUUUAACGAGCCAUUGAAAGGCGACACGACUUCCGGCGACGAGAGCCCAACCUCCUGUUUCCUCGUACGAGCGCACAGAAGACUCAGAUCGAGAUUAAAACGAAAAAGUCGAUCGUCUCCCGGUCGUGAUUAUUCCUCGAGCUCUCCUUCCGACUCGAUCGCACGCACCGAAUCAUUCCACUCCGGAGGAACCGAAGACGACGAUAUUACUCAUAUUAAUAUCGAAGACGACGACGGUGCAGCUCAACUCGCGCCACGAACGAGAAAAAAAACGAGGAAAAAACGGAACAGCGUCGGAAAAAUCGACGAUACGUUCGCCAGAAGCAAAGAUAAUGGUGACGAACACGAUCGAGUCCGCGGCCGUCCUCGAUCGAAAGAGUCGGAAAAAUUUUCGAGGUAUCACGAACACUUGGAGAGUUGGAAAAGCGAUGGUGAACAGUACGAAGAUUGUCUGUGUUCUUCCGAGUCCUUGGAAUAUUCAUCGGAAGAUGAUUGCGAGUGUCCUUUGAUAAAAGGGAGCACCGAAGAUUGGGGCGAAUCAUCGAGUCGGAGACGCGGCGAUUCAUCACUGAGAAAAGAACGACCACGGGAGGAUUACAAGCGUGAAUCUAGCUGGGAAUAUCAUCGUCGCAGCGGCGACGAUGACGCAUCAAGUUUCUCGCAAAACUACGAUGGGGACCGAUUUUCCAGACGCUUGAGCGCGUUGUCUAGAGACACUCGAUACUCGGAAAUCAAUGAAAUUCGCUUGAAUAAAUUAUCCGAUGGAAAAAGUUCUCCGGAGACCGGAAGGACCGAGGAGUCCUCGAACAUUACAGACUCCGAAGACAAACAAGGCACAAGUUCUGAGUAUUCGGGCAAAAGUCAAGAAAAUGACGCAGACAGUAAUUUUUAUUCAGUGGGGAUGAGUACAAUUAACGAAGAUAGUAAAGAAUUAUCGAGGACGGACAACGAAACGGACGACACCGGGAGUAAGCAGGCGUUUGAAAGAGAGUCUAACGAUUACGUGGACGUGACGGGUUUUUCGAGUACCACGAGUGACAGCCCGAAGGAAAAACGAGCAGAAACGAAAAGGCCAAUGGCCGUGAUGGAAAAAGAGAUCGAAAGUUCGCGUCCUGCGGCGCGUAAACGAAGAAAAAAAAUUAUCAGAAAAAUAAGAGAGCAACGAGACGAAGCUGCGAAUGUUGCUGACCCGAUGGCGGGCUUGGAAAUUUAUGGUGUUCGUGGGAAAAAGAAGCAAAAAGCAAGGUCUUGGGUGAGGGAAGAAAUCGUCGAAAUAUACGAAGAAGACUCCGGAAAAACUGAAGAUGCCGAUAAAUCUGUGGAAACCGGCGAGUCCGGGGAAACAGAAAAAACUACCGAAACGGAGAACCCCGAAGAGGGAGAAACUUCCAUGGAAACGGGAAAAUCCGAUCAAGUUUUCACCGCAUCGGAAAGAAUCAGAGGGGGAGGAGUGUUAACGGAAAUGGAAAAAUGUACGAAAACCGGGAGAUUCGAAGAUGGAGAAAAAUCGAAAGGCGGAAAAUUCGAAGAAACUUUAGCAGAAAUGGAGACGGAAUUUUCGAGGGAAAAAACAGUGAGAGGAAGAAUCAAACCGGAAAUGGGCCAUUCCAAACAGAUAAAACCGAGUGAAGUCGGUCCAAAUUACGAGGAGUAUCGAUCGUGCAUAAAAAAAAAGAAACAAUACGAACGUCGUUAUCGACGGGAGAAUCGCGAACCAGAGAAGUGCGAAAGACCCAAUCGAAGGGAGUCCGAGUCGGAUGAUCGCUUCCGAAAUGAAAUUAAUCAAGAAGAAUGCUUCCACGCUGAACAGCGGAAACUCUGGGAGCAAAUGUGUGCCAAAAUGGCGGAACAUUCUCACCGCUCUGGCUGCCCUAAUAAAUCGUGCGAGUCUGCGCAAAACUUCCCACACGACGGUUGCACCAUUCCUAUGUACAAUCCCAAUCUCUUCCGCCCACCUAUUCAAGGUCAUACUCGUCCCAGAUUUCCACGGAGGGUGUCCAGCCAGGAACAAAGCCGAGAAUCCGUUUCUCCGGUGUCGAGAAGAAUUUUGCCUUGCAACCAAAGGCCUGACAGCGGUCAAGAACUUGAAUUGCACGACAGGGUGAAAUUGAUCGGGGAACGAGACGAGCGUAGACGAAAAUGCGAUUGUGAAGAAGAGUCAGGGUCAACGAUGGAUCGAGAUGCAUUCAGCAGAGGAAUCCUUCCGAGGCCUUCGCCUGCUCAACUCACUGGUGUGAUUCCCUCUCAGGGAACCGAGAGUUUCGGAAAGCUCGGAAGGGAUUACAAAACAGUAAUGAUUCCCAAUAAACCCGAGGAAAGCUCGAGAGAAGGAGACGAAGUCUCCCAUUCACUUUUAGUGAAUGACAGCGAACCCCUCGUUUCGUCAUCAAAUUUCAGCAAAAGUGCGAGCCAAAUUUUAACACCAGAGCAGCCCAGAAAACGUUCGAGCAUUUUGACUCGAAUGAGCAGCACAAUAGCGUGUGUUUUCAAGAAAGCGUUAUUUUUUGGGAUGAGCUGAUGCAAGUUCGUUCACAGGCUGACACAUGGAGGAAGCGGAAGGACGCGAUUCCGGAUGCCAAAAUAGCUGACACC